AUGUCGGUCCCCCCAAUCCCUCCAAUUCAAAUUGCUGCUGUUAUCGCAUCCACGAGCACUCCUGUCUCCGCAAGGGUGGGGAUCAAGAGCAAUCGUCCCGUGCCAACUCCAGGAAAAGGCGAAAUUCUCGUCAAGCUCGAGUUUUCUGGAGUAUGUCACUCGGAUCUUCACAGCAUCCGUGGCGACACGCCUAUGUUGACUGAUGUCGCGGGUCAUGAAGGUGUUGGGAAAGUAGUCAAAGUCGGACCAGAAGUUGACGAGAAGCAAUGGAUGGGAACGCGGUGCGAAAUUUGUGAAAUCAACCAUACCGUAUGCCCGUAUCAGAAGAAUGCCGGUGCAAAUGUACCUGGAACCUUCCAGCAGUAUAUUGUCAGUCCAGCACUUCAUGUAACAAGGAUCCCGGAGCAGCUUUCACCAGAUAGUGCCGCGCCUCUUCUAUGUGCUGGAAUUGCCAUGUACUCUUCCAUCAUGAAGACCAAGACUCGCCCUGGAGAUUACCUUGCCAUCCUUGGGGCUGGAGGUGGCCUUGGUCAUAUGGGAAUUCAAAUUGCCGCUAAAAAGGGCCUGAAGGUCAUUGCGAUUGACAGUGGGGAUAAGAAAAAACAACUAUGCCUUUCGCUUGGGGCUACGGAAUUUCUGGACUACCGCGAAGUGGACAUUGUCCAGGCAGUCAAAGCCAAGACAACCUUUGGUGUACAUGCUGUAAUCUGCACUGCCAACGGCGAACGAGCAUACGAACAAAGUAUGCAGAUGUUACGUCCUUUUGGAACGCUGGUCUGCGUCGGUAUUCCCAACAAGCCAUUCAAACUGCCAGCUACCCCAUUCGAUAUGAUUGUCAAGGGUCUCACUAUUGUCGGAAACUCUGCAGGAACAGCGGAUGAGAUGGAUGAGAUGUUGGCUAUGGCCGUGGCUGGUGAUGUGAAGGCGCACAUUGACGUCUUUGAGUUGGACGAUAUCAAUGAUGUGCUGGACCGCCUGGAGCGCUCGGAGAUUGAUGGCAGAGUGGUCCUGAGAAUCCCCCAGUAG